AUGUUGCCUUCAAAGGUGGUGUUAAGUCUGCUACUAGGGGCCCGCUCUAUUGGUGCUACACCUUUUAACCCUCUCCAAUGGCUGGGAGCGAAUGGACAAUGGUAUCCAGGCCCGGAUAUUUCGGAUGUUUCUCAGGAGCCCCCAGAGGGUUGCAUAGUGGACCAAGUUGCUAUUGUUUCUCGCCAUGGGUCUCGCUACCCUGACCCAGGAGCUUACAAUGAAUGGCUCGCGCUCGAAGCCAAGGUUAAAAACGGAUCAUUUUCUGGGCCACUUGAGUUCUUAAAUGAUUGGCACCCCGUCUUGACCCACCCGCCCGACCAAAUUGCACAACUCAGUGUUACAGGCUACCUAGAAACUUAUGCUCUGGGUACCCAAACGCGUCUACGAUAUCCUCACCUUUACGCAGAUAAUACUCCAUUCGUUGUCUGGGCCAAUAAUGCUCAGCGUACGACCGAUUCGGCACGCCUGUUUGCCCGGGGAUUUGGCGGCCCAAACGCGACGACACUUGGCACGGUGUAUGUGACUGCUAUUUGGGACAAUAUCUAUCUUCCACCCAUUUUGAAACGCCUACAGAAAUACAUCAAAGGUGUAAAUAUCACUACCUCGGACAUAUCCAUUAUGCCGUACUUAUGCGGGUUUGAGACUCAAAUCACGGGAAAACUCAGCCCAUUCUGUGAUAUUUUUAUGGAAUCAGAAUUCAAGCAAUACGAGUAUCGCCAGGACUUGAGGUACUACUACGGGACUGGCCCAGGAACAGACCUACCAAGUACAUUAAUGCUCCCGUAUUUGAAUGCGACAGCGACUUUGUUCCUAAAUGGACCUGAGUACAAUUAUUCAACUGGCUUCACGCCUCCACCGAUAAUCGUAUCCUACACUCACGAUAAUCAGCUCAACGAAAUAGCCACCGCUAUUGGAGUAUUCAACACUACUGGACCCCUUCCACCUAAUAAAAUUCAAAAUAACCGUCUCUUCAUUUCGUCUCGCAUCAAUCCAAUGGCCGGACGUAUUGCGUUCGAACGCAUGACUUGCACCUCUAAGAAACCCGGCAUUUACGUGCGUAUCCGGGUGAAUGAUGCAGUUUAUCCUAUGAGUGAAUGCCAGAGCGGGCCGGGAAAAACGUGCCCGCUAGCCCAAUUUGGACAAGUUAUCAAAGCGAAGGUGGAUAAAGCGGGUGACUUUAUGACCCGACCAUUUCCGAAGGGCAGACCACCAUCUUUUGGGACACCAAGCUACCCUGGAUCACCACAGUUCAACCUUGAUGAUUUCCCGAUCGCGCCUGCCACAAUCACACAAAACGUAGCAGACGGUACGGGUACUGACCAGAGUCCAAGGCAUAACACAGCAUUGAUUCGUUCGCCAUAUUUUGAGAAUUCCAAGACUCCACGUCGACGGCGCUCCGUUAGAUCCGAUGGAGAGGAAACAGAGGAGGAUAAGAGGGCGAAUACCCAACUAAAAAGGCGACGUUUAAUCCUUCGAGGGGUUACGCCUGAUGAGUUCUCAUUCCCUUCAUCUCCAGAGGAGCUAUCGCGGGCUCUUAGAGCAAUCAAGCCUACUCUCAUACAAGAGAGUGUUUGUGACGAUCCUUGGAAAAUUAUUAUCGCCACGACCCUGUUGAAUAAAACCAAGGGAAAAGCAGCUGUCCCUGUCUUUUGGGAGUUGAUCGAGCGUUGGCCGACGCCCACCGCACUUGCUCAAGUCGCUGCACCAAGUCUCACCAAGUUACUUCGCCCCCUUGGAACACAGUCCAUAAGAACGUCUCGCCUCAUGCGGUUAUCAAACGCAUAUGUCAUGCAUCCACCUAACUUGCCGUCACCACCAGCACCAACAAGUAGAACUACAAAAUUUUACCCUGGUACGACCAAAGAAUACCGCGCAAUACAACAAACAUCCCCAAUCGCCCAUUUACCCUUCGUAGGUCCAUAUGCAAUUGAUUCGUUUCGUAUUUUUAGCCCGGCAUUGAGUGGCGGAGGUGCUGGCGCUCGAGUCGAGGAACAGCUUGGGCGUAUAGCCUGCCUAGCUGAACUAGGGCAAAGCUCUCGUAGUGAGGACGAUUUUGACGAGACGCCGGAUUGGUAUAAUCCUAGUUCUCUCUGCUCUCCAGACGAUGAGGGUGAGGAAUGGCGUAAUGUGUGGCCUGAAGAUAAACAACUAAGGCGAUAUUUAGUAUGGCGCUGGGCUAUUGAUGGAGUGGAGUACAACCCAGAAGCUCGUAUUCGUCGUCCAGCAGAUUGGUCACACCUCAACAGGCUUAUUCGAGGGUAG